CUGGUGCUUUAGCUUUCUAAUAAGAGGACUUGCAUGUUACUCCUCCCUGUCUUCACCAGCGGUUUUGACAAUCAGGAGAAGUUCUUUAUAUAUAAAUGAACAAAAAAUCCUCACAAAUGAUGGCUGCAGCUUCAGCUGACUUACUGGCCAUUAUUCCAUACAAGGAAGACUUCUGGAGUAACCAAACUAACCUAGCCAUAAAUGCCUCGGAAAAUCAAAAUAAUGCCAGUUGUCCCUUAGAUGAGAACUCACUGUCACUUGCUUUGAUAGUUUUUUACUCCAUUAUUUUUGUUGUUGGAUUGGUUGGAAAUAUUAUAGCCCUGUUUGCUUUCCUGUGCAUUCAUCAGAAAAGGAAUUCUAUCCAAGUUUACCUGCUAAAUGUAGCAGUUGCAGACCUUCUGCUGAUCUUCUGUCUUCCCUUCCGAAUACUCUAUCAUGUUACCAAAAACACCUGGAUGUUUGGACUGAUUUUAUGCAAGAUUGUAGGAACUCUAUUUUAUAUGAACAUGUAUAUUAGCAUAGUACUGUUGGGACUAAUUAGCCUAGAUCGUUAUGUAAAAAUAAAUAAGUCUGUGAAGCAUCCUAAAAUGUUAACUACUACACGAAGUAUACAUAUUUGUUGCGUGGUGUGGGCACUUGCACUAACAGGAUUUAUAACAGUAGUUGCACCAUCUUUCUUUAAGAGUGAGGACAGCAAUUCUACUAUGUGCUUUCAUUACCGAAAUAAACAGAAUGCAAAGACAGAAGCAAUUUUAAAUUAUAUUAUUGUAAUCAUUUUUUGGAUAGUUUUUUUCCUUUUGAUACUUUCGUAUGUUAAAAUUGCCAAGAACCUUCUAAAAAUUUCAAGGAAAAGAGCAAAUUUUCCCAACGCAGGAAAAUACACCCAGACAGCAAGGAAUUCCUUCAUUGUACUCAUUAUUUUCACCAUCUGUUUUGUUCCUUACCAUGUGUUCCGGUUUGUCUACAUUACAUCACAGUUACAAAAUCCAUCUUGUUAUUGGAAGGAAGUAAUUCACAAAUGCAAUGAGGUGAUGCUUAUAUUUUCAUCUUUUAACAGCUGCUUAGACCCAGUUAUGUAUUUCCUAAUGUCCAGAAGUGUCCGUAAGACUGUAUUCCAACUUAUUUGCAGAAGAAUUCAUGGAGAUUCAGGCCUAACUCUGGAAAGCACUUCGGAAAUAAAACUUGGACAAUAUACACAAGAGCGAUUAUCUACUACCACUCCCCACACAAGUUCUUUGAAGAAGAAGUCUCUGAUUUGAUUGUUUAAAUGAAUGGGUACUAGCUUCUCUUUGUCACUCCAGGACAUCAAUUUAAGAUUACCAAAUGCUAUACUGUACAGCUACUAAUCCUGCCUCUGUCUUCCUGUUAAAAAUGAGAAGUCUUACUUCUGUUUGUGAAAAUGAGAAGUUACUCUUCAGAAGUAUUUUACUCUUGUUUAUCCAAGAAAACAAAAUAGGAAGUUCUCAGACAUCUUCUGUUGGACUAAACUAGAACACUAACUCUUUAAGGAGAUUUCCACCAAGUGGUUUCAACCUGUAUAAGGAAUCUUGUAUCUAGACGUUAAUAUUACCAACUUGUGUAUGUAAAUAAUAGAUGAAUUUUGCAAAAAGUAAAUUGUGUCCAUUUGAAAAAGCUCUAUAAACCAUUACAGAUUUUAUGUACUUCUCUGUUUUAACAGGCUUCAAAGAGAUCAGCGUUUUAAUUACAUUUAUAUAAGUAUUUUUUCCAAGAAAAUAUUUGAGAAUUUAGCAACAUAUGUCGCUUAAAAAUGAGGUGAAUAAUACAACUGCCAUUAAUUCAGUUAUAAUUACAGAAGAUACACUUAGUUUUAUUAAACAGCAAAAUUAAAA